UUUAGAUUAAAUAGAUUAGAUUAGUCUUUAUCAUGAGCUAUAAGACGACCAUAGAAAGAAACUAGCACUUCAAAGAUGAAGGCCUUUUCAUGCUUCUCACACUCAAAACACUCCCUUUUUUCCUCCUCUCAAAUCACCCCAAUUCCCAAUAAUGAUGAAUCCAUCUUCAAAUUCAAUCAAAACCCAGUUCAAUUCACCCCAAAAUUCCCCCAAAAAACCCCUAAUUUCCCCUCAUUAUCCCUAAAUUCAUCUCAAAAUCCAACCCCAGAAAAUCUCCCACCAUUAGUAGUAGUAGGAUCAGCAAAUGCAGACAUAUACGUCGAAAUCGACAGACUCCCAAAAGAAGGAGAAACAAUCUCAGCAAAAUCAGGUCAAACUUUAGCAGGAGGAAAAGGAGCAAAUCAAGCAGUUUGUGGGGGUAAACUUUUAUACCCAACUUACUUUUUUGGGCAAAUUGGUGAAGAUGCUAAUGGUAGAUUGAUUUCUGAGGAAUUGAAAAAUGGUGGGGUUUUUCUGGAUUAUCUUAGGAAUGUUAGUGGUGCUCCUACUGGUCAUGCUGUUGUUAUGCUUCAAUCGAAUGGCGAAAACUCGAUCAUCAUUGUUGGUGGUGCUAAUAUGAGUUGUUGGCCGGAUGAGAUUGAUGAUGCAGAUUUGGAGAUUGUUAGGAAUGCUGGGAUUGUUCUUCUUCAGAGGGAAAUUCCUGAUUCUGUCAAUAUUCAAGUUGCUAAGGCUGCAAGAAAUGCAGGGGUUCCUGUUAUCUUGGAUGCUGGGGGAAUGGAUUCUCCUUUUCCACCAGAGCUGCUAAAAUUUGUUGAUAUUCUGAGUCCCAAUGAAAGUGAACUUUCUCGUUUGACAGGGAUGCCGACUGAAAGUUUUGAGCAAGUUAGUCAAGCUGUGACAAAGUGUUAUGGAAUGGGUGUAAAGAAGGUAUUGGUCAAACUUGGGGAUAAAGGUUCAGCCUUAUUUGUGGAAGGUGAAGAACCGGUCAAGCAGCCCAUUAUAUUGGCUCCAAAGGUCCUUGAUACAACUGGAGCUGGCGAUACUUUCACAGCCGCUUUUGCUGUAGCCCUCGUUGAGGGUCGAUCAAAGCAAGAAUGUUUGAGAUUUGCUGCUGCGGCCGCAUCUCUUUGUGUUCAAGUCAAAGGAGCAAUUCCAAGCAUGCCUGAUCGUGAUUCUGUAUUGAAGCUUCUCGGGUCUUCUUAGUGUACCGGUUUCAUUACAGCAACUUGCACAUAGAGGGUGUUUGUUAUUUUGUUUCUUUCAUUUUUCUUUAGUCUUUCCUUUUUCUCUAUUUAUAAGAAAUAAAUCAUCAGGGGCUGAGUGAUGGAUGGUACUGGUGGACGCUCCAAAGGCUGCCACAACAAUAUUCAGGUGUAGAAAGGAGUAGAAAUAAGCUUGGUAGAAAGCUGUUUAAUUAGGUUUUAUCAAGGAUCAGUGAGAAUGCAAGCUUUGCAUAAUUUUGUGGAUUGGGGAGCAUGUAAGCUUGGUAGGAAGUUAAUUGACUGACUUUGUAAUUUUUAUGCAACCCUUGUGUGUGGUUUCCUUUUCGACCUAUUUAAAACUUUGUCACCUUCAACCUUACACUUAUUUCCUCAUAAUACAACUAUUUGACCA